GAAGAAAAAACGCAAAAUGGCGAGCCUUGUCUACGGGACGCCGUGGCUUAGGGUUAGGUCUUUACCGGAGCUUGCUCCAGCUUUUCUCAGACGUCGUCAAUCUUCUUUAUUUUAUUGUUCUCGGCGAAGCUUCGCGGUGGUUGCGUGUUCUUCACCAGUUAAUAAUGGUGGGUCUGUUAGAGUUCGUUUCGCGCCUUCUCCUACUGGUAAUCUCCAUGUAGGUGGAGCAAGGACUGCUCUUUUCAACUACUUGUUCGCGAGGUCUAAAGGGGGGAAAUUUGUGCUGAGAAUUGAAGAUACAGAUUUGGAGAGAUCAACACGUGAAUCUGAAGCAGCUGUUCUUCAGGAUCUCUCAUGGCUGGGUCUGGAUUGGGAUGAAGGUCCUGGAGUUAGUGGAGACUUUGGUCCUUAUCGACAAUCUGAAAGAAAUGCUUUGUACAAACAAUAUGCAGAGAAGCUAUUAGAGUCAGGUCAUGUCUAUCGAUGCUUUUGCUCAAGUGAGGAACUUGUAAUGAUGAAGGAGAAUGCAAAGUUGAAACAGUUGCCUCCAGUAUAUACCGGGAAAUGGGCAACAGCUUCUGAUUCUGAAUUAGAGCAAGAGUUAGAAAAGGGAACACCUUUUACUUACCGGUUCCGUGUGCCAAAGGAAGGCUCUUUGAAAAUUAAUGACCUGAUUCGUGGCGAGGUAUGUUGGAACUUGGAUACUCUUGGAGAUUUUGUGGUAAUGAGGAGUAAUGGCCAACCUGUUUACAACUUUUGUGUUACGGUAGAUGAUGCUACCAUGGCUAUAUCACAUGUUAUAAGGGCUGAAGAACACUUGCCUAAUACUUUGAGGCAGGCUCUAAUUUACAAGGCUCUGGAGUUCCCGAUGCCUCAGUUUGCACAUGUUUCUUUAAUUCUAGCUCCGGAUAGAAGUAAACUGUCAAAGCGACACGGGGCAACUUCUGUAGGCCAGUACAGAGAGAUGGGAUAUCUACCUCAGGGAAUGGUUAACUAUUUGGCACUCUUAGGUUGGGGAGAUGGGACUGAAAAUGAAUUCUUCACACUCGAGGAACUUGUUGAAAAAUUCUCGAUCGAACGUGUCAACAAAAGUGGUGCGAUUUUUGAUUCAACAAAGUUAAGAUGGAUGAAUGGUCAACAUCUAAGGGCACUUCCAAAGGAAAAACUAACAAAACUUGUUGGUGAGCGAUGGAAGAGUGCCGGUAUCUUAACAGAAUCCGAGGGGAGUUUUGUAGAUGAAGCAGUCGAGCUUCUCAAGGAUGGGAUUGAGUUGGUGACAGAUUCAGACAAAGUACUUUUGAACUUGCUUUCAUAUCCUCUGCACGCUACCUUGGCUAGCCCUGAAGCUAAGCCUGCCGUGGAAGACAAACUUCAUGAAGUAGCAGCCAGCCUCAUAGCUGCUUAUGACAGCGGUGAGAUUCCAAGCGCUUUAGAAGAAGGACAAGGUGCUUGGCAGAAAUGGGUGAAAGCCUUUGGCAAAUCAUUGAAACGCAAAGGUAAAUCACUUUUCAUGCCACUACGAGUGUUGUUAACGGGAAAACUCCAUGGUCCUGAGAUGGGCACCAGUAUUGUUCUGAUUCACAAAGCUGGAAGUCCCGGUAUAGUGGUUCCUCAGGCUGGGUUUGUAUCCAUGGAGGAACGGUUUAAAAUUCUCAGGGAGAUAGACUGGGAAGCUUUGAACAAAGAUAAGAGUGUGCCUCUUGAAUCUACAGCCACAAUAUCAACCUGAGAGAACUCCCCUUUUCUAUUUUUCUUCAAUUUUCGGUUAGUUGGUGAGAAAGACAGCCCAGAGAUUUUGAUUCCUUUUGCAUUUCUUGUUCCCGAAACAAAUGGCACAACGAAAU